CCCGGUUCUAGAGAGCAGAAAAGAGGAAACGCGCUGUGCUUUAUAUUUCGGCCCUUGGAGGCAGAAAAUGCUGACAGCCAGUGACAGAUUCCGCUCCUGGUGCUCGAUGUCCGCUGUCACGCUGAUCAAAGUCUGAAGGGCGAGACGGAAGGGGCCAUGUUCCAGACGCAUCCUGGCGGGGUCCACCAUCAGCUGAUGAGGAGCUGCGUGCAGGAAGAGGAGGAUGAAGAGUACUGGGACGGGGCUCCCUGCCUGGGCCCCUGGGCCCUCCCGCAGCAUCCCCACAUUCCCGCCACACCGCCGCUCUACGGACAGUGGCCCCCGGCGUGGCAGAGACCGCAGCAGGCCUGGCAGGUGCAGAACCACCUCCACCAGGCCCCGGCGCAGCAGGUCAAGCAGUACCUGACGCUGGGCUCCAAACUGGGCGUGCAGGGCCACCCCGUACCCCACCCGCUCCCGGGGCAGCCCCUGAUGCGGAACGGACACCUGCCCCCCGUCAGCGAUGGGAGCACCCCCGGGAGUCCUGUCACCUUACUGACGCUAGCCGCUAGCCAUGACAGCAAGUUUCCCGUGGAUGAAGUCAUGGAUGACUUAAUAAGCCUUGAAUCCGGUUUCAAAGACGAGGGUUUGGGACACAUGGAGUCUAACCUGCUGCUGCAGAACAACAUCUCCCUGAACAGCGGCCUGUUGGAUGUGUACGGUGGAGAACCAGAACACGACACCAGGGUUCUAGCCAAAGAACGGCAGAAAAAGGACAACCAUAAUUUAAUUGAAAGAAGAAGAAGAUACAACAUCAACUACAGAAUCAAAGAACUCGGGACGCUGAUACCAAAGUCAAAUGACCCUGAUAUGCGCUGGAACAAAGGCACCAUUUUGAAGGCGUCGGUGGAGUACAUUAAGUGGCUCCAGAAGGAGCAGCAGCACGCGCGAGAGCUGGAGGCGCGGCAGCGCAAACUGGAGCUGGCCAACCGCCGACUGCUCCUCCGGAUCCAGGAGCUGGAGAUCCAGGCUCGAGCCCACGGACUGCCCAACAUGGCCUCCUCUCUGGGGGCAGUGGAGCUCUCCUCCCACCUCCUCAAGCAGCAACAACAACAGCAACAACAGCAGCAACAACAACAACAACAGCAACAGCAACAGCAGCAGCAGCAGCAGCAGCCUCUGUACCCGGAGGAGCUGAGCGGAGACUACGCCCCGCGGGCGGCCGCGCCCCAGAUGGCGGCCGUGCCGCAGACGGCGGCCCACGACCCCGCCGACGUCUCCGGCACCUUCUCCGACCCGCUGUCGCACUUCACCGACUUCUUCAGCGCCACGCUGAAGGAGGAGCAGCGGCUGGACCGGAUCCUGAUGGACGAUGCGCUCUCGCCGUUCGGCGCCGACCCGCUGCUGUCCGCCGCCUCGCCCGCGCCCUCCAAGGGCAGCAGCAGCCGGAGGAGCAGCUUCAGCACCUCCGACGGCGACCUCUGAUGACCUCCGACGACCUCUGACCCCCCUCCCGCGCACACCGCACCGCCAGGCCUCGUGCGUCUGCUCUCAAAAUCCCUGCCCCCCCCCCCCGCCCCCCCGCCCCCCAUACCGAAACUUGCCCAUUCCCACUCUCCCCUCAUCUCUACGCUCGUCUAGGGAGACGGGACAGCGCCCCCUCCUGGACAGCGCCGGCACUGACGACAAAGCGAGACGGUAACAGAAAAGGGAGAUAGCUUUACAGCUGCGUGCUCUGUGCACCAGUUAGCCCGGAGACUCCUGUGACAAGGACUGUAUCUGUAAAUACUGACCAUGAUUAAAAGGGUUUCAGAGACAAAAAUGCCCUUUUUUUAAAAUAUAUAUAUAUAUACAUACAAAAUGAAGAUAACUGCUUGUAAACUGGACUUUUCUUCUGUGGUUUUUCCUCCGAUUUGUCUCUAUUUAAAUCCAGUCACCUUCCUUCUCAUCCAAAGACGUGGAGUAAUGCAAAUGUAACAUUCGUACUAGCAACAAAAACUAAACGAGGCCUUCUAAACAUGACUUGUCUUAAUGCGUGUAUAAAAAUAUAUAUACUGUACAUGUUUAUGUAUUUAUACUUGUUUUAAUCCCUCUUCUCUAAACAGUUUCUUACCAUAUUUACUGUAACAUCUUUUUUUUAUCAUGCAUGGG